CGCGGCGAGGAGGGGGUGGAGCCAAGGCCGCUGGUCGGGCCAGAGGACACGGGCAAGAUGGCGGCGGCUGCGGCGGCACUGCGGCACCUGGCGCCGGUGGGCGCCCGCUUCGCCCGUCUCCCGCCCCGGGACCGCGCCGCCGGGCGGCUGCUCCAGCAGCGCAGGGGGUUCCGCCUCUCCGCCCCCGCCGCCAUACAGGUGACGGUGCGGGACGCGCUGAACCAGGCGCUGGAUGAGGAGCUGGAGCGGGACGAACGCGUCUUCCUGCUGGGCGAGGAGGUGGCACAGUACGAUGGGGCCUACAAGAUCUCCAGGGGGCUCUGGAAGAAGUACGGGGACAAGAGAGUGAUCGACACCCCGAUAUCAGAGAUGGGCUUCACAGGAAUCGCUGUCGGUGCCGCCAUGGCAGGGUUGAGGCCAGUGUGUGAAUUCAUGACAUUCAACUUCUCCAUGCAAGCAAUCGAUCAGGUUAUAAACUCUGCUGCCAAGACCUGUUACAUGUCUGCAGGAUCCAUCGCUGUCCCCAUUGUCUUCCGGGGCCCUAACGGGGCAUCGGCUGGAGUCGCCGCUCAGCACUCGCAGUGCUUCGCUGCUUGGUACGGGCACUGCCCGGGACUGAAAGUUGUUAGUCCUUGGAGCUCAGAAGAUGCCAAAGGUCUGCUGAAAGCAUCAAUCCGGGAUGAUAAUCCAGUUGUGAUGCUGGAAAAUGAAUUGCUGUAUGGUGUUCCCUUUGAAAUGUCUGAACAGGCACAGUCAAAGGAUUUCGUUAUUCCAAUUGGAAAAGCUAAAGUAGAAAGACAAGGAACUCACAUUACAUUAGUGUCCCACUCCAGACCUGUCGGACACUGUUUGGAAGCAGCUGCUGUGCUUGCCAAAGAAGGUGUAGAGUGUGAGGUGAUAAAUCUGCGUACCAUUCGACCGAUGGAUAUUGAAGCGGUGGAAGCCAGCGUUGUAAAGACAAACCAUCUGGUAACUGUAGAAGGAGGUUGGCCGCAGUUUGGAGUAGGAGCUGAAAUCUGUGCCAGGAUCAUGGAAGGAUCUGCCUUUAACUACCUGGAUGCUCCAGCUGUGCGUGUUACCGGUGCAGAUGUUCCUAUGCCUUACGCCAAGAUUUUAGAAGAUAACUGCAUACCUCAAGUGAAGGAUAUAAUAUUUGCAGUCAAGAAGACUUUGAAUAUCUAAGUUGUAAAUACAUGUUUUAAAGUCCUGCUUUACAAAGUAUCAGUUGUCUAUGGCAAGUUGUAUGCGUUACUUCUGUUGUAUAGCUACAUGGAACUUUUGUACAGUGGGGACAGUAUAGUGACUUCCCAGCAUAUUUAUAUGGGGUUACCCUCUAAGCCACAUUUUAUAUAAGCAACAAUGUGGUAUUGCUUGUUUGUUAACAGUACAGGUGGGUUAGUGCUGCUGUAUGUGGAGAGAUCCUGUUCUAAAUUCAGAGUGAGGAAAAAAAUCCUCCAUUUCUGCUUGGCUUAUAAUUACCAGAGUAGCUGCGUUAAACUGCAGUGGUGGCUGAGUGAAGAACUGCAGUGAUCAAGAGGGGGCCCCAAGCCCAGCCCUGGGAUGCUGUAGAGCUCUCCAGGAGCCCAUGGCCACAAGGCUUAUUAAAGGGGAAUGAUCAAACUGCAGCGGGUGAGGCCUUGCAGUUAAGUGCAACUGCACAAAGUGGCUGUGGAAGCCUGUGACGUGGGUUAAAAGAUGGGUAGUGUGUUUAAUUUGAAGAGCAUUCCACUCAUGCGGGAAAGCUUCUGCACAAGAGCUUAAAUAAAGAUGCUGAUCUUGAGUA